UAACAUACAUUUUGGUUUUCUUUUAGGCACAGGUUUGUCAGUGUCCUGUCGUCAUAUUCCACCCUUCUGAGCGUUGGUUUGAUGCGUAUAUAUUCUAGUAAUACAACAUUGCCAUGCAAGAUUGUGUUAACUGGUUUCUCAACACAGAUAGUGUGUGGAAACUGAUGCCAUGUCAGCAUCUAGAAAAUUUGAUAUCUCCAGUAGUCCUGAUAGGCCAUUGUAUGCAUCUGGCCACCGUGGUUCCUUUGGUACCGCCUCACUGGACAGAUCAGGUAGCUUUCGGGAGAACUUGGAGAACCCACUUUUAUCAAGUCUGCCAAGUAUGACAAGAAGCAAUGCAUCGGUAACUCAAAAUGAUGUAGUCAACUUCUUCCAUUGUGUGCGUGUUGAUCCAAAGUCCAUGGUCGUAGAUCAUAAGUUGAAUAGGCCAGCAGAUUUCAAGUGGCUUGCUAGUGCUGCUGUUGGCAUGCCCCUGGAAGAUUCUCUUCCGGCAUCUUCGAAAAGCAAACAUCUAACUUCCCCCACACUGGACGACCUCAAGACGCCUAAAAUCUGGUGUGCGGGAAAGUGGUACUAAAGCUAGGGGACGCGUGAAGAUAUUCAAUGACUGUUUAUCAGUAGUUAACAAGUGUUUCCCUGCUAUUCCAUCGAGAAAGAGAUCCCGGCUGGAUGCCUUGUCGAUUGAUCGUUCAGCAUCUGGGGUGGGUGUUGGGAAAAAGGGAUUGCAAAACCAUGCUAUUUCAAGUGGUUUUGAGCUGGAGCAACAAAAGUAUGAAGGAAGGAUAAAGAAUGUCAUACCAAGCAAGCGCACUCGAACUUCUAUGGCUGAUGCAAGUGGGUUUGUGAUGGAUGCACGUGCUAAUAUCCUAGCAAGACCACCUGCAACUAUGGAUAAGGACAGGGAUGCUGUAAGAAUCUCUAGUUCUAAUUCAGUUCAGGGUGAGGAUCAAACUAUAUCCAUUGCUGUUGAUGGUUGGGAGAUUUCCAAAAUGAAGAAAAUGCGCACGAGUAAAAAGGUAGACAAUGCUGGUAGUUCAAUGAAGACAAAAGCAGUUGAUGGUUAUAGGGAACCUAAACAAGGAACACAUCCGCGUCUAAUUCCCGAAGCCCGUUCAAGGGUGGCUGAUUCCUAUGGCUUCAGGUAUGCCGCGCUAUAGUUCUGUUGUCAAUGAUACUGCUGUGAUAACAAAAUGUGUUUCCAAAAAAAAUUUACUUCAUUGUCUGUCUGGUGGAUGUAUAUGCAACUCUUAAGAAUAAUAAGUUCCCUUUCUACUGGUCUAAUGUGUAUAUCUGUAUGUGAAUGAUGUUGGGGUGAAUUUGAGUUUUAUCAAUUGAGCAUUACUGCUGAUCUUAGCUGAGUAA